AUGUCAAUUAUUCAUGGAAAUGAUUCAAACCUUAUCGAGAAAUCUAUAGAAAUUACCAAGUCAACUGAAACCAGAUUAGUUGAUGCGUCAUUAACUUAUGAUUACUUUCCUAAAGGUGAAAAAGAUAUUUGGGGAGAACAAGUCGAUUAUAGGCCUACAAACUCUUGGAAUGAGAAGCUUUCUGAUGUAUCCGUCACUGAAAUUGUAGAAUCUCAAAUGAUUAAUACCGUUUCUCCAACCAUUCUAGCUUCAGAGUUGUUUGAAAUUAUGAAACCAUCAUAUGAUGACAGCCAAGAUUUAGAAGAAAAUGACAUCCAUCAUUCAGUUCGUUUUGGGCAUAGUUUUAUAAUCAAUGUCACUUCUCAUGAGGGACAAUUUGAGACGAGUGGGAAAUCUGAUAGUCAUAUUCAAACCAAUACUAGUAAGGCAAGUCUAAAUAUGCUAACGAGGAGUUGCAGCGAAUAUUAUGCUAGAAAUGGAAUUUUGGUGAAUAGUGUAGAUACUGGUUGGGUAUCCUCUGCUUUACCUGCAUAUAGAGCUCCUCCUCUUACUGAUCUUGAUGCUGCCUUCAGAGUUCUGCACCCUAUCCUUUCUGGAAGUUUCAAGUAUGGAAAAUUAUACAAGAAUUACAAAGAGGUUGAUUGGUAG